UUAGUUUGCACUUUUAAUCUUUCAAAUUGUAACUGCCUUUUAUAUGUUUCAAAGUUCUGUUCUUUCUUAUGUUUGUCUGCUUCAAACUAGCUUAUGGAUAAAAUGAAUAACCAAUAUGUUGCCUUGGCAGUUUCACAUAGAGAGAGUCCUUGAAUUGUAUGAUUUUAACAGCUGAAGUGAACAAUUAAUAAGAUGGCUUCCACACUGUUUAGAACUAUUCAAAUCCACCCGUUUUUGCUCUACCCAACUGCAAUAUGUAGAAGAAGGAACGGUGUUCUUUACUGCACAAUGAAAAGUACUCAAACUCAAACAGCAACACAAGAAAAGCAGCAGCCUCCCAAAGUCAAAGUCUCACAACAUACUCGGAGCAAAACACUUGAGAAGAUUACAAGAGACUAUGAGGCAAUAAUUGGGAUAGAGACGCAUGUCCAGCUCUUAACUCUCACCAAGGCUUUUUGUAGUUGUCCUUACAAUUAUGGAUGCCAACCAAAUACCAGUAUCUGCCCCAUUUGCAUGGGAUUGCCUGGUGCCUUGCCGGUUUUAAAUUCAAAAGUGAUUGAAUUUGCAGUGAAAUUGGGUCUUGCGCUCAAUUGCAAGCUAUCUCUGAACUCAAAGUUUGAUAGAAAGCAAUACUUCUAUCCAGACCUUCCAAAGGGUUACCAAAUAUCUCAGUUUGAUAUCCCAAUUGCAACUGGUGGUUACAUUGAUUUGGAUCUUCCUCUUGAGUUUGGUGGUGGUCAUAGGAAGUUUGGUAUUACCAGAGUUCACAUGGAGGAGGAUGCAGGGAAGCUACUUCAUUCUGGAAAUGGAGAUUAUUCUCAGGUUGAUCUAAAUAGAGCAGGGGUGCCCUUGCUUGAGAUUGUUUCCGAACCUGAUAUGAGAACUGGGAUUGAAGCUGCUGAAUAUGCAGCAGAGUUACAGAGGGUGGUUCGAUACUUGGGAGUGAGUAAUGGGAAUAUGCAAGAAGGCUCACUUCGCUGUGAUGUAAAUGUAUCAAUUCGACCAGUCGGGCAAUCAGAGUUUGGGACAAAGGUUGAGAUAAAAAAUUUGAACUCAUUUUCAUCAAUUAACCGGGCCAUUGAUUUCGAGAUAGCAAGGCAGGUGAGUCUCCAUAGUCAAGGCCAUGGUGAUCAAAUUGUUCAGGAAACUCGUCUAUGGGAAGAAGGUGCUCAGAAAACAGUUACAAUGAGGAAGAAGGAAGGACUUGCUGAUUAUCGUUAUUUCCCAGAACCAGACCUCCCUGAAGUUAUUCUCACUCAGGAAUAUGUUGAUGGCAUUCACAAUUCUUUGCCAGAACUUCCAGAAAUGAAGCGUCGGAGGUAUGAGAAGAUGGGCCUAAGCAUGCAGGAUGUUCUUUUCCUGGCAAAUGACGUAAAUGUGGCAGAAUACUUUGAUGCAACAAUUUCAAGGGGUGCUGACUUUAAGUUGGCUGCCAAUUGGAUAAUGGGUGAUAUUGCUGCCUAUAUGAAAAAUGAAAAGCUUUCUAUUAAAGAGAUCAAACUUAUGCCAGAAGAGCUAGUAGAGCUGAUAGCUUCCAUUAAAAGUGGGACUAUCAGUGGAAAGAUUGGAAAAGAGAUAUUGUUUGAGCUGCUAGCCAAAGGUGGUACCGUCAAGGGACUGAUAGAAGAGAAGGAUCUAGUUCAGAUAGUAGAUCCUGUCGAGAUUGCGAAAAUGGUAGAUAAAGUGCUGUCAGAAAAUCCAAAGCAGCUAGAACAAUAUCGUGGUGGCAAAACUAAGUUACAGGGUUUUUUCGCCGGUCAGGUAAUGAGAAUAUCAAAAGGCAAAGCAAACCCUGGACUUUUGAACAAAAUCCUUUUGGAGAAAUUAAAUGUCAAAAGUUGAAAAGUUCGUCAGUAGGUAUCAGGGCAUGGAUUUUUUUUUUUCAAAAAUUAAA